UUAAAUGUCACUGAAGUACUUAUAAAUUUUGUGUACUUAUAAAAGUGCGUGAGUGUUUUUGUGUUGUGAUUGUACAAUCCUUGUGUACUUGCGUGAACCGAAUAAGUAUGGCGCGUCCAAAAACUUGCCCAAUUCCAACCAACAAAAAGUUAGUGAGCAUAGGCAAAUAUGAUCUUACUGGAAAACUGCUGGGAAAAGGGAACUUUGCUCGUGUAGAAGAGGCUGUUCAUCGAUAUCUUAAAACAAAGGUUGCAAUCAAAAUAAUGGAUACAUCACAAAUUAAAGAAGAAUAUGUUGUUCGUAAUUUAGAAAGGGAAGCGAAGAUCAUGUCAAAUUUGUCACAUCCAUGUAUUGCAGCACUUUAUGAAACAUUACGUUGUGGUCACGUUUAUUAUCUGGUAACCGAGUUGGCUGCUGGUGGUGAUAUGUGCAAUCAUGUGAAAGCACAAAAAAAUGGUCGCUUGGACGAGCGGGCAACACGGGGUUAUGCAAGACAAGUGAUAUCUGCCAUUGGACAUAUGCACUCUCGAGGGAUUGUACAUCGAGAUUUGAAAAUGGAAAACAUUAUGGUGGCUUCAAAUAAAUUACAAAUAAAAAUUGUUGAUUUUGGUUUAAGCAAUAUAUGGACACCAGAUUCACCAUUGCAUACUCAUUGUGGUUCGCCUGAAUACGCAGCACCAGAAUUAUUUUUAAUGGGGCGAAGUUAUGGGCCAGAAGUAGACCUUUGGAGUUUGGGAGUGAUAUUAUAUGGUAUGGUCACUGGGCAAUUACCAUUUAUUAGUACAAGAAAUGAAGCGAUGACAUCACAAGAAAAACGUCAACGUCUUUUAAGUCAAAUCAAUCGGGGCUUAACCGUAAACCACAGGAAAGAAUUAUCUAGUCUUUCAUCAGGUAGAUUAAAUACGGAAAAUUUACUGUAUCAUCCAUGGGUCACAAAAAGAUAUAUUACAUCUAUUAAAGUGGAAGGAUUUAGAUCGGUUGAUUCAUAUUGGCAAAGUAUUCUGAUAAAUGAAGUUGCCGAUACACUUCAAAUUAGUCCACGUACAGUUAAAUAUGAAUUGAAGACCAAUCGUUAUGGUGAAAUUAGUGGAAUGUUUAACAUAAAAGAGCAUUUACAUAUGUUACAAUUACAUAAAGAGAGACCUGGAUCGAAUACACUUACAUCUGCAGCAAAAUCACAAACAUUAUCAGCACAUUCAAAAAUUAAAUCAUGCAAGGCAAAUUAUAUUGAUACCGUUUCGAAAACUUCCAAAGUAUUACCACAACGUGUGCCAUUAAGUGAUAAUAAUCGUAAACGAUUGAUCAAUAAUGAUGAAAAUACAUUAAAUUCAUCGUACAAAAGUGAUUCAAUACAAAUGAAACCAAUUAAAACUGAUUAUAAAAUCAUGGCGUCUGGUGUUUUUUCUAAGGAGGAUAUGUCAAAAGUAUUACCGCUUGUAAAAACUCCAAGAACGAAUGUAUACAAAUCACCUUUAAAACGCUCUUCUUCAAUUGACAACAAUAGUUCAAUGCAGAACUAUCGAUCUACAGAUAAUAAACCCUCUUCAAUACUCGGAUGUUAUCGAAGUUUGAUUCCUGUACCAAUUAGUUCAUGCCCGUUACAUAAAAAAAGACAUCCACCAAACAGAAAUGCCUCACGAAAAACAUGGAUUGAAGGUGUGCAUGGUGAUGAAGGAGAGUAUGGUUUAGAACGCCCACUUAACGUCAAUAAUUUUAACAUCACUCAACGUCCCGCUACAACUACUCAUAGUAGUCCUAAGCAAAAUAUGAUCCCACUUAACGAUAUUGAAAUGCAAAAUCAACGAUUACAGAGUUAUAAAACACGAAUAAAAUCUGAACCAAUACCUAUUCAUAAAAAUGUUAAGAAGCAUUGCGGAAACAGUUCAUCAGUUGAGAAGUAUUCACCACAAAAUUCAAGUGAGAAACACAUAUGGGGUAGUAAAAGUGAUCCAACUUCUACAACCAUUAAGCUACUAAAACGCCCUGCUACAACGUUCAUAUGUAAAAAAACAGUGGAUAUAUCAGGCUACGGGGAUCAACAUAGUCCUCAUAAAAUUUCUACAAUAUCUCCAGGUGGAGAAAUGGAUCACAACACGUCAUCACUUAAUUAUUUGACGAAGAAACACAACAAUCCAAUUGCCAAAUCCAUUGCUGAUUAUAUUAAAAAUAUUGGUCAAGAAACUCGUUCCAACAGAUUGUUACGGUUAAAACGAGUUGUGGAACGUGCCAAAUACCAAUAAAAGUUCAGCAAAAACAAAAAACAAAAUCA